GCGAGCAGCAGCAUGCUCUCAGUCACUGACAGCCAGGACAAUAAACAAUGACAGAAAUAUUAGGAGCUCCGGAGAAAUGCGUGGCACAGGGGGCGGCGUGGUGAUAGUGUGGUUGCCCCGCAAUGAGCCGCCGACCUCCGGACCACCGGAGUGGAGCCCGACGGGACAUGAGGGCAACCUGGAUCCUGACUGUGACUGCCCUCAUCAGCGCCCAGACUGCCGGAGGAUCACCGCUUGUCCCGGACCCUGAGGUUUUUCUGGAAAAGUACGGCUACCUCCAUCAGGAAAACCACAUCCACAAUGCGGUGGAGGUGCAGUCAGCCGUCCGCGAGUUCCAGUGGUUGUCCCGGCUUCCUGUGACAGGCGAACUUGACAGUGCCACCCUCAGGCAGAUGGCGGAGCCCCGCUGUGGGGUGUCGGAUGAGGGCAGCCAGCAGAUCUGGGCACGGAGAGUAAACGCACUCUUCACUGGAAAGGGGGCUACUGCGGGGCGGCCCCAGAGCCGCAGAAGGCGUUCUGCUGCACAAGCUGAGAAGUGGUACAAACGUCACCUGACCUACCAGAUAGUGAACUGGCCUCGCCAUCUGUCUCUGGGCUCGGUGCGGCUGGCGGUGCGUGCAGCUUUCCAGCUGUGGAGCAAUGUGUCGGGCCUGGUCUUCCAAGAGGCCCCUGAAGGACCCGCAGACAUCCGGCUGGCAUUUUAUGAGGGAGACCACAACGAUGGGGCCAGCAACGCCUUUGAUGGUCCAGGGGGAACUCUGGCUCACGCUUUCCUGCCUCGUCGGGGGGAAGCCCACUUCGACAUGGCAGAGAGGUGGACACUGAACGGACACAAAGGACACAACCUGUUCAUGGUGACUGCCCACGAGAUCGGACACACUCUGGGACUGGAGCACUCCCCGGUCCGUCACGCUCUAAUGUCGCCGUACUACAGGAAACUCGGCCGCAGCCUGGUGCUGAGCUGGGACGACAUCUUUGCAGUGCAGCAGCUGUACGGUAAGCCAUCAGGUGACCGCCCGGUGAGGCUGCCAGGCCAGGUUUUGCACGCCACCCUGCAGGAGUGGGAGUUCACAGAGCUUGACAACAGGCAGAAGACCACAGGCCAGCCUCUCUACUGCCAGGGCAUCUUUGAUGCCAUCACUAUGGACGUGAAUGACACCGUGCUGGUGUUUCGGGGCAGUGUGUACUGGACAGUAUCAGCUGAGGGUGGUGUGAGCGGCCCGCUGCCUCUCCGUCAGCGCUGGUCUGACCUUCCUCCGGCCAUCGAGGCUGCUGCUUUCUCUCCGCUGGACUCCAAGUGGUAUUUUUUCAAAGGGAAGCGGAUGUGGCGCUACACGGGCAGUGUGCUGGACCCCGGCUUCCCCAGGAAGAGCAGUGACUUGGGGCUACCUCACCACCCUGACUGCGCCUUCUUUUACACACCUCUGGGUCACAUGGUCCUCUUCAAGGGCUCCCGCUACUCUGUGCUUAACCUCAAAACCCUGCGCCAAGAGCCUUACUACCCCCGCAGGCUGACAGACUGGACCGGGGUGCCACAGGGGACCAAUGGGGCGCUGACCCGUCCCGGCGGACGCCUCUACCUGUUUAGAGAACACCGCUUCUGGAGUUUUGACCCAGUCAAGGUGCGAGUCACCAGAGAGGGACAGUGGGCUAAGGAUCUGAGCUGGACUGGUUGCAGCGACACUCCUCAGAGCAACAACAUUCUUUGACCAGCAGAUGGAGCUGUAAGCUUGACAUAAAGUGCAAUUUGUUGAUGUAUACUGUAAUACAACUUUUUUUUUUUUUUUAUAGCCUAAACCCACAUUGAGUUUAUAUGUUGCCAAAGGAGCCUGGAUCAAAAUACUUAUACCAUGUAGGGAAUUACAGAUACAAGCCAACUUGGUUUGUACAUUUGGAAGCAAAUACAGUAUUUAUACUGCAGAGCAAUAAUAUUACUGUAUAUUGAUGUGCAAUUAUACCCUUUUUAAUACAGUUUACACAAUAGUAGGGCCGUGCACUCUAAAGUGAGGGGACCAAGAACUGUUUUUAGGUGGGGACAAUAUUACACAGCAGUUUGAACUGUGCUUUUAAAACCAUACUUUUUCCUCUUGUAGUUAUUGCACACUGACAGAGAAACCAAAAGACCUGCGCUUUUAUCAUCUCGUCCGGAGUAUCAUUAACAUAUGUAAGAGAUUGUAUAAAUAACCGUUACUUACUUUGGCCUGUGAUUGUGUGCUUCCCUCCUAAUUGCUUGCUAUGGUAGAUGGCCUAAUCUUUAUCAGUGACGCCCACUGAGGUCCAACUGUUUGGACAAUAUGACGAGUACAUAAUGAAGUGUGUAUAUAAAGUGUAGGAUAGCAGUACAGGUAGGUGAGUCGUCAACUAUGAUGGCAGAUGGAUGGCGGAAGCUAUCAUAAGGCUGACAGCUGCAUCAACAGUGCGAUGCAUAUUAAGAAACAGCUGUGGAGAAAAAAUGAUUCUGCUAUAAACAUGAAUGUUUCCACAUUCAACCAAAGAUGAAAUUCUGUGUGGUUUGGGGUUGAAGGCUGAGCAGCAGCAGACUGAUAAUGCAUGUGAGAAACAGCCAGCAUUCACUUCUGUCCUUUUCAUCCUAUCAAAAUAUUAUCUUUUGGUGUAUGAUUGUUACAUCACUGCAGGAAGAGCGGUAGUCUGUCAGUGCAUAUGUAGGUCAGAGAUUAUUUAGCCCACUAUACAGUACACUGAUCCCACUGCUAAUGAAUUUUGGCAAUGGUAUUACAUUAGUACUGAGCGGUAAAACCUUUUGUCAUUUGGAAACAUCACAGUCAGAACACAUGGUUAGCCUUUAUAAUUCGACGAAAUCAGAAGACGGUUUUGUUCAACUGUCUUUUAAUACUAAG